UCACUUUCCGGCGCGGCGGGGCAGGGGCGCUGGGCGGCGCACGUGGGUACAGCGCGACGGCUGGGCUCAUGGCGAGUUCCGCGGGGCUGGCUCUGUGCGGGCGGGCGCUGGUGGUGCGGGGAGGCAGCCGGUUCCUGGCCACCACCACGGCGAGCAGUGAUGAUGACGGCGGCCUCUUCACAUAUGAUUGCAGUACUGCAGAAAAGAAGUCACAAGAAAAUAAAGGGGAGGACGGACAGCCCGUGGAGAAGGGGAGUGACACGAUCCUGGCGUCCACCUUCUCCAAGUCUGGCAGCUAUUUUGCUUUAACCGAUGACAGUAAGCGUCUGAUUCUUUUCCGUACAAAACCAUGGCAAUGUCUGAGUGUCAGGACCGUGGUGAGGAGGUGUACAGCCCUGACGUUCACGGCUUCUGAGGAGAAGGUUUUGGUGGCAGACAAGUCUGGGGACGUUUACUCCUUUUCGGUGCUGGAGCCGAAUGAAUGUGGCAAACUUGAACUUGGGCACCUGUCGAUGCUGCUGGAUGUGGCUGUGAGUCCUGACGACCGCUACGUCCUCACCGCUGACCGGGACGAGAAGAUCCGGGUGAGCUGGGCCGUGGCACCGCACAACAUCGAGUCCUUCUGCCUGGGGCACACUGAGUUCGUGAGCCGCAUCUUCGUGGUGCCCGACCACCCUGAGCUGCUUCUGUCCUCAUCCGGGGACUGCACCCUGAGGCUCUGGGAGUACAGACGUGGCCAAGAGCUGCACUGCUGUCACCUGACCGGCCUGCAGGAGCCAGCGGGGCCCCGGAGCGACAAGAGGUUUGCUGCAUCCAGGAUCACUUACUGGAGCCGGGACAGCUGUGUGGCGCUGCUGUGUGAUUGUGUCCCUGUGGUCUACAUCUUCCAGCUGGAGGCCCCCAGGCAGCAGCUGGUUUACAAGCAGCAGCUGUCUUUCCAGCACAGAGUGUGGGACAUUGCUUUCGAGGAGAACCGGGGGCUGUGGGUGCUGCAGGACUGCCGGGAAGCCCCCCUCGUGCUCUGCAGGCUUGUGGACGGCCAGUGGCAGCCUGUGCCUGAAGAUGCCACGGUGAAGAAAGUCUGCACGCAGCUCCGCGGGCACUGGGCCAUGCUGGAAGGCUCUGCUGGCGUGGACGAGGGCUUUAGCAGUCUGUACAAGGCCACCUUUGACAACAUGACCACUUACCUGAAGAAGAAAGAGGAGAGGUUGCAACAGCAGCUUCGGAAGAAGCGGCAUAAGAACCCGCCCCCUGGGCCCAACGGGCAGACCAAGAAGAACGUAACAUUUGGUGCAUCUCAUGCUCUACAUUUGAGGCGAUGGUGUUGACUUUUGCAAAGGCACAAACUUGAGAGCAUGGGAGUCAGUGAAGCUGCCCACCUGCCUGUCCUCCACACUGAAACUUGAUCUUGCUCUGGGCAAGGUCACCUUAAAAGCAACGUGGGUGGCCCACUUUGGGGGAUGCCAGCCAUGGGUCAUGAGGACACUGGAGCCGCCUGCGAAGAGGUCAGCAUGGCAAGGAGCUGAGAUCUGCCUACAGCCGGCGACUGACCGCCCGGACUGAGCCGUCUUGGAAGAGCUGCUUUCUCUACACAGAGCACCGUGGGUUCCUCCCCGCAGCACCAUUUACCCGAACCCUUCCGUGUUGACAUGUAUUUUUCUUUCUAAUUUCCCUUGCGAUUUCUUUGAUCGAUGGGUUAUUUGGAUGUAUGGUUUAACUUCCAGACAUUGGAUUCUUUUUUCUUCUCGUUACUGGUUUCUGGUUUUAAUUCCAUUGUGGUCUUAGGGUAUAUGCUGACUUCAUUCCUUUAAAAGUUACUGAGCUUUGUUUUCCGCUCCACAAACGGUUAUUUUACGUCCCUUGAAAAGAAUGUGUCUGAGCUGUUGGCAGGAGGAGGGUUUGUAAAUGUGGAUUAGGCGAUACCAACUUGAAAACUACCAUCUUCCUCAUCUUUGUGCACGUCUGUUAUUGAAAACAGUAUUUAAAUGUCUGUAAUUGUGGCUUUGUCUAAUUUUCCAUUGUCCUACUGGUUUUGCUUCAUGGAUUUAAAUAUUCUGAUAUUUGGUUUGUACACACCUGGAAAUUUGUUAUCGUGUGGAAUGACCCCAUCUUCAUGAAACAUCCUCUCUUUAUUUCCAGUUCUGUCCUUUGUUCUGAAGUAUAAAUUGAUGUUAAUGUA